AUGUCUUACUCGCAAACUGCAGUCCGUUUCUUUACAACACCCAAACCACUGGGCGAUGCCAUGGACGGCAACGCAAACUCAAAGAUGACCGGGUCCGACGCCCAGUCCCAGUCUGAGGGCCAGAGCCAGGGCCAUACGGUCGUAAAACCGAAUGUAUCGACCACGGGACCCUCAUCAGAGGUUGCAGAACUGCACAAACCGAAGAGCCAGGGCUUGACCUUUGCGAACCAGGAUUCCUUGCCUAAGCUGCCUAUUCCUGAUCUUGAGGAUACCUGUCGCAGAUAUAUUGAUGCGCUGCAGGCGCUGCAGGGUCCCAGGGAGCAUGAGGAUACCAAGGCUGCUGUACGGGAUUUCUUGAAGAAUGAUGGGCCGAUCUUGCAGGAGAAGUUGAAGACUUAUGCGGGGUCGAAGACGAGUUAUAUUGAGCAGUUCUGGUAUGAUUCAUACUUGAACUUUGAUAAUCCUGUUGUUCUCAACCUCAACCCAUUCUUUCUUUUGGAAGAUGACCCGACGCCCGCUAGAAACCAUCAGGUGACUCGCGCUGCAUCUUUGGUUAUUUCAGCCUUGGCGUUUGUUCGGGCUGUGCGCCGGGAAGAGUUGCCUCCUGAUACUGUGCGAGGAAUUCCCCUCUGCAUGUAUCAGUACUCUCGCCUUUUUGGAACCGCUCGUCUUCCCACGGAGAAUGGAUGUGUCAUCAGCCAGUAUCCCUCAGCCAAGCACUUGGCUGUUAUGUGUCGCGGCCAAUUCUACUGGUUUGACGUGUUGGAUGAUAACAGUGACUUGAUCAUGAGCGAGAAGGAUAUCUCGCUUAACCUGCAGGUUAUUAUUGAAGACGCUUCGCAGACACCUAUUCACCACGCAGCAAAGGGCGCUUUGGGUGUGCUCAGUACGGAGAACCGAAAGAUUUGGUCUGGGUUGCGGGAUAUCAUGACCAAAGAUCCGAGUUCCAACAACGCCGAGUGCUUGAAUAUCGUCGAUACCGCGCUUUUCGUUCUGUGUCUUGAUGACACGGAGCCAUCUACCACAGCUGCGCUCUGUGCCAACAUGCUCUGCGGUACAAGUGAAGUAAUCAAGGGAGUCCAAGUCGGAACCUGCACCAACCGGUGGUAUGACAAGCUCCAGAUCAUAGUGUGCAAAAACGGCAGCGCGGGUAUCAACUUCGAGCACACUGGCGUAGACGGGCACACAGUUCUCCGCUUCGCCAGCGAUGUGUACACCGACACGAUCCUGCGCUUCGCCAAAACCAUCAACGGUCAAGCCCCAAGCCUUUGGACAACAAGCAGUCCCGACCCAGCCAAGCGUGACCCACGCAGCUUUGGCAACGUUAGCACCACACCCCGCAAGCUAGAAUGGGACAUGACGCCCGAGCUAAACAUCGCCCUCCGCUUUGCUGAAUCCCACCUCUCCGACCUCCUCUACCAGCACGAAUUCCAAGUCCUCGACUUCGAAGGCUUUGGUAAAAACUUCAUCACCUCGAUGGGCUUCUCACCCGAUGCCUUUGUCCAAAUGGCCUUCCAAGCUGCCUACUACGGCCUCUAUGGCCGGGUAGAGAACACCUACGAACCAGCCAUGACAAAGAUGUUCCUCCACGGCCGAACAGAAGCAGUGCGCACCGUCACACCGGAAAGCGUGAACUUCGUCAAAGCCUUCUGGGGCGAGAAUGCAGCCGAACAAAAGGUUGACGCCCUCCGCGCCGCAACCCAAAAGCACACCGCCAUGACAAAAGAAUGUUCCAAAGGCCAAGGCCAAGACCGACAUCUCUACGCCCUCUACUGCCUCUGGCAACGCUCCUUCGACGAAGGCCUCUUCCCCGACGCAGGCUCAACAGGCGGCUACUCAAGCCCAGGCGAAGCCUCCUCGUCCCCAAGACCUGAGUCACCCAAACUCUCCUCCGAACCACCCUACUCAGACGAUGGCAUGUCCUCACCGAGCGGAAGCAGCGCCCGCUACCGCACAACAACAGCGCCCACACCGGCAAUCUUCGGUGACGCAGGCUGGGACAAGAUAAACAACACUGUCCUCUCAACCUCGAACUGCGGAAACCCAUGCCUACGCCACUUCGGCUUUGGUCCUACAUCCGCCGACGGUUUCGGGAUCGGGUAUAUCAUCAAAGAUGAUUCGAUUUCUUUCUGUGCUUCGUCUAAACAUCGCCAGACGUCCCGUCUUAUGCAUACCCUUGAAUCUUACCUCUUUGAGAUUCGGAAGUUGUUGCGCGCUACUAAUCGCAAGACUACGAGUCCUCGUACCAGCCGCGCCCGUGAGACGGAGGCUUUGGCUGAGGAUUUGCAGUCUGAGUCGAAUAGACGGGGGAGGAUUGUUCGUCCUGGUGGUGGUGAUAGGGCUGGUGUUGAUACCCCUACUUCUGCGGCGGAUAGUGCGUACAUGGAGGAUGAUGGGAUGGGUGGAUAUGGUUUCUUCGAUGCUGGUAUGCUUCUUCAUGCUUUGAAGGGCCUUAAUGCCGAGCGGGAAUCGCGUGGUGAGAAGCCGGCUAGGAGACGGUUUGUUGGGAAGAAGCUUCAUCUUAAUGAAUAUUGA